GGGGGCGGGGCGGGGGGCGGGGCCGGCUCCAUCCGGGUCCCUCCCCGCCGCCGGGCAGUGCGGGCGGCGCGAGCCUCGGCGGGACGGUGCGGGCACGUACGAGCCCUCCCAGCAUCCGCCACUGCGCCGGGUUUGGCCAGGGCUGCACACGGGUCCCAUGGGAUGGAAAACCGAUGGAUUCCUAUCAUUUCAGUUCCCGUGGGCGUUCGGUUCAAUGGCGUAGACCGUAGCCUGAAUUCAUAUUAACACGUCUGGUUUGUGACGGGUGUAAACAGAGCUGCCUUGAGCGUGUCAAACGGCCCCUGAGUAAAUCAGUAACUGGCGGCGGAAGAAUAUAGCCCCCAACGGAAGAAAUGCUUGGGGGCAACGUGGAAGGAACCCAAAAUGCACUCAUUGAGGUGAGCGUUGCUGAUGUGAGGGAACGUCCGUCUCGUGCAGACUGUCCCUCCCCUGGCCCUGAAGCCGCCCAGACUUUGUGUCGGGAGCGGCCGCCCUGCCCGCGUCCCCGCCCUGACUGACAGCACCUCGGAAUGACAUCAGCAAUGAUGUGAUGUGGGGCUUAUUUACGAGAGACCUCAGCCCUCGCCUGGCCCCGGUGCUGCCUUUCGCUUGGGCGCGAAACGCGGACGAUCCCACCCGAAACGCGCCGGAGGAGAGGGUGCAAAACCCGGGCGGCUCCGCCGAAGCAAUGGGCUGAGGGGAUUCGCUUCCUGGCCUGAGGAGCGGGAUAACGGUGCGGGGAGUUGGAGCCGUACCUGCUUCCCCCACCCCGGCAUGCAGGGAGAGAUGACACGGGCCAUCCGUAUCGGUUUUUUCCCUCUAUGGCACAAUUAAUUUCCAUCAAAACAAAAAUAAAAGAAACCUAAACAGUUCCAACCACGUGCUGAGGGCUCCCGUGUCCCAUUAAUGAGCUGAUUACGGUGCCAGUGGGAUGUCGGCGGGAGGAAGGAGCAGCCACCCGAAGCACCUCGGAAGGAUGCCAGCAGCAGCCUCGGCGGCGAGGAUGGAGCGGCCGUGGAGCCCCCCAAGGCGGGAGAGGAGAAAAGCCACCCUCAGGGAGGCCGGCCGGCCUCGCUGCUCCCAGAGAAGGGGAAAAAGCCUCAGCGCCGAUGCAUGGAUGGGCAGUAGGAGCCUGGUGCCAGAACCCACGGACCAAAUUAGCCGCGAGCAGCUGCCUCGGCGUAGCCAAAGGCUCGCGAAGUCUCGGGUUGCUCCGACGCCGGAGCUAAAACUGGAUCGGCCUUCGGAAAAAGCGGGCGAGAUGCCGAGGAGCAGGAGGAGGAGGAGCGAGGGCUGGGCUGCGGGAAGCCCAGGCAGGGAAGUCCUUCAACCGGUUGCUUUUUCUCCUCCAGCUGCAGCACCGUGAGUGCAAGAAGCAAGCAGGAAAAACUUCUCCUGGUCUAUUUUUUGUUACCCCUGUGGAGGAUUAGCCUGGCUGCUGAUACAGCUUUUAACUCGCCAAGUGCCUUGGAGGGAACCAGGCCAGGAGGGCGUUUGCAAGAGAGAAACUGAAAGUGCCGAGCGCCCUAUACCAGCCCAGGGCUCUGCUCAGGGCCGUUAUUGCUCUCCCUGUCUGCAAACAGCCAGGGGAUUUCCCAGCGUCUUGGCUUGGAGGAGUGUCCAGGGAAAAAUAUAAGAGCUCCGGGGCUGCGCAGAUUCCUGUCCGCAGGAGGUUUCGGUUCUUCAGCUGGACAGUUUGAAGGCAGGAGGAGCAGCCCAGCAGCCUACCCAUGAGCUCAGACUUCCAGCAUUACAGUUUCAGGAUGCCGAACAUCGGGUUCCAGAACCUGCCUCUCAACAUAUACAUCGUGGUUUUUGGCACGGCCAUCUUCGUCUUCAUCCUCAGUUUGCUUUUCUGUUGCUACUUGAUCAGGCUCAGACACCAGGCGCACAAAGAGCUUUACGCCUACAAACAGGUUAUUCUCAAGGAGAAGGUGAAGGAGCUGAACCUGCAUGAGAUCUGCGCCGUUUGCCUGGAGGAGUUCAAGCCCAAGGACGAGCUGGGGAUCUGUCCCUGUAAACAUGCCUUCCACCGAAAGUGCCUCAUCAAGUGGCUGGAGGUGCGGAAGGUGUGCCCGCUCUGCAACAUGCCGGUGCUGCAGCUGGCCCAGCUGCACAGCAAGCAGGACCCCGGCCCUCCGCAGGGCCCCCUCCCCGGCGCCGAGAACAUCGUAUAGCUCCUCCGCCGCCGCCCCGGGGACCGCCCCGCCGCCGCGGGGGCACCCCGCCGCCGCCACGGGGGGACGUGGGGACAACCAAAGCACUACGGCACCAGCACGGCAGGACGGGCGAGGACGCGGGCAGCCGGGCGCGGAGCCCAGAGCACUUUAGGGGGUGGCACGGCCCAAGCGGAUGAGCCCCGCGCCCCCAAAACCCGUCUCCGCGGAGCCGUGCCAGGCUGAGGGGUGUCGCGCUCGAGCCAGGGCUCGAUUCCCUCUGCCGGGGCAAGGAGGGGACGCUGGGUGCUCUGCAAGGCACCCUUCUCCAGCACAGCCCUUCUGCAGCGCAGGGCACGACGGAGCAGCUACCGAGCCGCCCGACGGCCUCCCGCCACGCCGCGAGGUCCCCCUGCGCACCCCAGUACGCUCCCCAGCCCCGCCGCCGUCGAAAACAAUGCUCGAAACGGGGGGGGCGGCCCCCGUCCCCUCUCCGCCGUCGGGUUAUUGGGGUCACCUUCGCAAUCCGCACCUGGAAAAUGGGGCCUGGGCCCCCCGGGGUUGGGCGCCCCCCCCUCCGAAAGGGCUCACCUGGGCAGGGGAGCCACCGGCACCCCCCCGGGAGCUGGCAGGGUGCUGGGUGCCUGGGGAGGGGGUGCGUGGGCUUCGGUUACCCCCACCCACCCCAGGGGCGGCUGCCCCCCUCCUCGGCGCGACGGGCUACCUCAGCGGGGCCGUGAGCCCACCAACGGGCACCAGCCCAGCGAAAACCAUCGGCCUCCUCCUCCUCCUCGAAACUGUGGGGUAGGGGGCGGGGGGGGCAGGCAAACCCCUCCCCGUGACCCCCACCCGGGGCGCGCUCAGGCACCAGGGCAAAGCCCCUGGCGCCCCCCUCCAGCUUCGCAACUGUUAUUCCCUUUGUUUUUUGGGGAGGGGGUGUCAGUAUUACACAGCGGCGGCUUUCACGGCCUCCCCCCAGGGCGCAGGACGGGGCACGGGGCUGGGGAAGCGCCGCGUGGUGUCCGUGUGUCUGUCCCCCCCCUCCCACCCCGUAAAUCCCCUGCGACUCCCCAGGCUGUUUAUGGAGCGUGGAGCCUCAUAGACGUGUUUGUACACUACAAAUUCUGCAGCAGAAUAUUUUUUAAAACGUUUGCGGGGUUUUUUUGUUCUGGGUUUCUUUUUUUUUUUUUUGUAAGCUAUAUUUUUGUAUAUUUAAUUGCUAUUUUAAAAUUCUAAUAAUGCAUCUUUUUUGCUAAUCACACUAUUCUUAAGGAAAAAAGAAAAACACAAAACCAACCCAACAGUUUGCAUGUGAUUUGACUUGAAAUGUAAAUAAAGGCAGUUUUUUUUUGGAA